UCAAGCACUUUCUCAACAGUUCAAUGAUGCUUCCCCACAAUCCAUUCUUGCUUUGCAUGUAACAUUCCAGUUCUUGCACUGGACUUCCCCUUUGCUCGGAGCUCUUUGCAACAGAACAGCAAACUUCUUGUCUCCCGGAGGAGUAGGCAUGCUAGGCUGGUUGUAGGGAAGAAGAAGAAGAAGAAAGAAUCAACACGUACAAAGGUUCCUUGGAGGCAUCUGAUCUGUGAAUAUUACUCUUUAAUUCCUUCACCAUGAGCUGGGAGAAGAACCUGUUUGUGGAACUCCUCCUGGUUGCAGCUGGCGCCAUUUUAUCCUGCAGUGGAGAGGUGCAGGUUGAAGCAACUCCACAGCCCAUUUCAGUUAUGCAGAGAGACAAUCAAACGAUCACGACUCUUCUAUACAGUCAUUCAGAAGUUUCAGUCACACAGAUAGGCAAGCAAUCUGUACAAGAGGUUACCCAGAGAACCCAGUCAGUGCCAGCAUUACCUGAAGAUGCUAAGAUGGUAAAAGCAGAAUCUAUACCACCAGCCAAACAAGUUUCAGCCCACAAACAGGCAAACACAGCAGCCACUCCUCCAGAGACAGCUGCAAACCCCACACGUCCAACCAGUCAAGCUGCAAGUAGCAGAGUGACUAAAACUACAGUUGCUGCCAGGAGCACAGCCGUGCAAUCUGAAACACAAACUGAUGAAGCUGGAAUCCACAGAGCUUCACAACCUGCAGCCCCAAACAGCUGGAACACUGCAGCUCCUGCCUUGCCAGCGAAGGCAGCAUAUGCAAAGAAGAAUGUGGCUGGAACAAGCGACGAGUGCAUCAUACAAUGUGUGCCAGCCGCAACGCCAAGAGCAAACAGUACAGCCCACAGGAAGAUGCCAUCUGGGCACAAAGUCACUGUUCCUGAGCCAACAGCCCCAGUUGGGCCAACCCUCACACCCAAACCAUCGCCAGCUGCGACGGGGGCUUAUAGUGUUUCUAAUGGAACUGCUGAGUGUAUUAAAGCAUCAGCUGGCUUGACAAUGAUAGCUAAAAAUGGAAAAACAAACAACCUGGAAUACUUCAAUAUCAACCCUAACGCCACAAGUACGAUUGGAAUGUGUGGGGCUUGGCUGUCAACUCUGAAAAUCUCAUUUGAAGGUGGCUUCAUACGUUUUACUUUCACUAAGAGUGGAGAAGUGUACUAUGUCAGUUUGAUUGAAGCUUCUUUAACUGUACCAUCUGAGGGUGUGCUGUACAGUGGAAUUAAAAGCGACCAGCUCUUUUCAGUGUCUUUAGGGAAUUGCUUCAAGUGUCUCAGCAUGCAAACUAUAGAGCUGUCCAACAACCUUCAACUCCUGCUUUCCAGCUCUCAACUUCAAGCCUUUAAUAUCGUUGGCAACCAGUUUGGGAAAGAGGAAGAAUGUGCUCUUGACAGAAACAAGAGAUUAAUUCCAGUUACCGUGGGCCUCAGUCUCGCAGGAUUAUUUGUCAUUGUCUUUGCCACCUGUGCGAUUUACAGAAAAAAACACACCUCAAGCUAUGAACGAAUCUAAACCACUUCAUUAAAGAUCUGUGCAGCAGCGAGUGAAAAGGUUAUAGAUAAUGGAACGCUCUGCUUCUGCCUACUUAUUCUAUUGUGGCAACUACAAUUGUAAACUGAUUGUGUUGUGUAUUCACUUGUGUGCACUUGAAAAUUGACACUAUUAUGUUGUUAUUUCUAUAUUCAUAAUUUGCCUUUCUGCUUAGGCAAGAGCAG